AUGGGCCAGCGGUCCUCAGUUUCUGUGGCCUGUAGCCGCUACCAAAAAACCCCCGCGCCUGCCCGCCUGCAGGUUUUCUCCACAGAAAACCGCUCACCGAUGAGGCCCCAUUGCAUAGCCUACCGCUCCAGCCCAGUGACGGGCCUUUGUUCAGAUCCAUCUGCCAAGCUUGGUCUCCACCAGAAUGCAGUGACCUAUGCUGAUGUGCACAUCAACUUCACUCAGGAAGAGUGGGCUUUGCUGAAAUCUUCCCAGAAGAGUCUCUACAAAGAUGUGAUGCUGGAGACCUACAGGAACCUCACUGCUGUAGGAAUGAAAGAAGCCAUACUGAAGAGAAACCCUGUGAAUAUACUCAGUGUGUUAAAGACUUUGCAUGUUACAGGCAUCUGCAAAGGCAUGAAAAAAUUCAUACUGGAGAGAAAUCACAUGAAAGUAUCCAAUAUGGUGAAGUAUUUGCAUGUCACAGUUGUCUCCUACUCCAUAUAAGAACAUGUAUUGGAGAAAAACCCUAUGAAUAUAAUCAAUGUGGAACUAAAGAAAGUUCUCAGAAACCUGACCUAG